GUCGUCGCUAUAUUCCUCAUAUUCAUUUAUCAAUUUGUCGCUGCUCUCUCCAUCGUCUUCGACUGCCUUCUGAGUUAGGUCAUAAGCUAGCCAUGUCUACCAGUGAACUCGCCUGCGCUUACGCCGCCCUGGCUCUUCACGACGACGGAAUCGCAAUCACUGCGGAAAAGAUUGCAGCGGUAGUAGCAGCGGCGGGGCUCUGUGUGGAAUCUUACUGGCCCAGCCUGUUUGCUAAAUUAGCGGAGAAGAGGAAUAUUGGGGACCUUCUUCUGAAUGUUGGCUGUGGAGGUGGCGCUGCUGCUCCUGUGGCUGUAGCUGCUCCUGCCGUUAGCGCUGCUGCCGCUCCUGCCGUCGAGGAAAAGAAGGAGGAGCCAAAGGAAGAGAGCGACGACGACAUGGGAUUCAGCUUAUUCGAUUAGGAGGCUCUUUAGUUGUAGGACUGUAUUAGGAAACUAUUGAGUGGGCAGGCCUAAUCGUUCAUUUGUCUCAAGAUUUGUUUUUUUUUCAUUCCUAGGCGUUUGUUUUCAGUUUUCUUUUGUCUUCAAUAUAUGAGAUGGUAAAUGCAUCUUUUCAUACUUCUGUUUGAUCACAUUCCAGUGAGAUUAAACUUUAUGGGAGGGAAUCUUUAGUUAAACCCUGUAA